AUGGACUUAAGGACGGUGUUGUACGCAGUGGCGGGCUGCUCGCUACUGUCAUAUAUGGUGACCAAAGCGCGCGCUCCAGGCUUCCACGUGAAAGGGAAGCACGUCUUCAUCACCGGCGGUAGCUCUGGGAUUGGCCUGGCGACGGCCAAGAAGUAUGCAAAAGCAGGUGCUAAAGUCUCCAUUAUCGCUCGCGACGCCAAGAAGUUGGCAAGAGCAAAACUAGAGAUUGAAGCAGUCCGCAAACACGCAGAUUUCCCGAAGGCGGUGGAGGCUGCAAAUUCCUUCCACAAGCGUGCCACGGACCAUGUCAUAUGUAGUGCUGGCAUCGUGGAGCCUGGCUACUUCAUGGAGCAGUACGUCGCAGGGUUCUGGCGCUCAAUGGACAUCAACUACUUUGGGUGCAUCCAUGUCGUACACGCGGCGCUGCCAGCAAUGAUCAAGCAGCGUGAUACGGAAGGUGGUAAUGAGGGGGGACAAAUCGUUCUUGUUGGGUCUGCCUUUUCGCUCAUGGCCUGCAUUGGCAGUGCGCAGUACUCAUCUUCCAAGUACGCUGUGCGAGGUCUGGCUGAGUCAUUACGCAACGAGUUGAAGCUGUACGACAUCCGCGUUAGUGCAUUCUACCCUGGCAACGUUGACACUCCAAUGCUUGAGCACGAGCUAGCACUCACGCCACCUGAGACCAAGACGAUUGAAGGAGUCAGCACGCCUCUCUCGCCCGAGGCUGCAGCACAGACGAUGAUAAACGGAAUUGCGAAGGGCCAUUUCAGCAUUACGACAGACCCGCUUGUCUAUCUUCUGCGCAUCCUGUCGAACGGAGUCACGCCGAGACACAACACGGUGCUGGAAACCGCGGCGCUGCCGCUCGUCAUAGUUGUGCAAUUUGUCUUUCUCAUCUUUAUGGACGCAGUCGUGGAUUAUUCACGUUGGAAGCGAACAAAGCAGCGUAAAAGCGAGAAGAAGGGUCAGUAA